AUGUCUCGUGACUUCGCUUUGUCCUCGGUCUCCGGUGUGUCUUCUGCCUCGGUCGUGUCUCUCUUGAGCCACCUCCUCUCUGCGUCUUCUCCACCGGUGUUCGACCACUGUCCUUUGUGCCCUGCUCUCCCUGAGGUCGAUUGGGCUUCUUUCUUUUUGGGUCUGGGGUGCGGGGUCCUGUUGCUUCCCGUCCUUGAGGCCCUGCUGCUCUUUCGUGCGGCCGUGCUUCGGUCCCUGGCCAUCCGGUUGCAAGGGCCCCGGUUGAUGCAGGCUCGCGUUGAGCGCCUUGAGCUUUUGGUUGAGCAGCUUCAAAGCGAGGUGCGAGCCCUUAGGGCGAUCAUAGGUGUGGGCGCGGAAGAUUUUGAGGUCAUCCCGGCCGUGGCUGCCAGCUCGGCGGGACCUGCCCGAUCCGAGCCGCGCACUCCUGAACGUGCUCCAGCGACUUCUUGGAACCCCUUGCCGGCCUCCGGGCCCGAAGACCAGCCGCUAGAGCGAGCUGGCAGCGCAUCUUUGCCGCGCACGGAGCGUGACAGUGCGUGUCGUGAGAUUGGAUUGUGGAUCACCAGGAACCUCCGUGGUGAACACAGGGGCGCUUCAGGUAGGGACAGGAUCCAGCAGGCCUCUCGCUACUGGGUGGUCUUCCGCGACUUUGAGGGUCGCGACGUCUCCCCUCCAUCUGCCUACUCCUCGUUUGGGGCGGCCAAGGCGGUGUGCAAGCGCGGCGCCGAGUGUGGGCGCAGCGUCUUCAUUGGACUUCCGGAGGAGGAGGACGUUGACGGCGCAGUUCUUGAACCGCGGGACUUUGCCGUUUGUCAGCCGGAGGGCACCGACGCUCACUACCUUGUGGGCUUGCUCCCUUUAGCCGGCGAGCCCGCGCAGGCUGCAAGCGGAUCAUGCGAGGCUAUCGUUGUAGCAGAGCAAGAUGGCCGGUUGGUGAUAGGCGUCCCAGCAGCUGCUUGGGCCCGCAAGGUUGCAUCCAGAAGGCUUCCCAGGUCAGGCCUCACCAAGGUUUCGUCGGUGGAGGUGGCUGCCGUUUCAACCGAGGAGCGGGAGCUUCUUCUCGAAGGCUCAGUGGUGCGGCUCUGGGUCGGGCUCCUAGACCCGAGUCUUGUCUCGGGCCUUGCUUUCGAGUCGGGCGACACGGCCGAGCUUACCUUUGCACAGGACAGCCAAGGCAUAUCGCUUCUUCCGCAUGCCGCCUCGCUGGUUGCCGCUGUGGAGAGCCUUCCGGCUUUGAGUCAGUUUGCUUCUGCGGAUUCGGCGGCCGGGGCCGAAGGCGCUUCGAACGUUGGUGCCCGGGUGGAUCGCUUGGAGGCCGCUAUGUCCAAGGUGGCAGCCGGUGUCAAGGCCUUGUUGGCCAAACAGGAGGCCUCGGAAGCAGAAGUGCCUCUGCCGGCUUCAAGGGCAGCGCGUGCCAAGCCCUCCCCAAACCCAGGCGCGGGGGCUGGCAUCGGCUUUGCUCACUUGGACGCUGGUGUUUCGCAGGCGGCUUUGGACGCCGGAGUCUCCAGGAAGACCCUGGCGGAGGUCGAUCGCCUUGUCGGCGGCAGUGGUGGUCUGCCCUCGCGUGGGCAGCUGGAGGCGGAGGAGCCCGCUCCCCUGCCAGACGGCAAGCCGCAGGAUCAGGUGGGGCAGGCGCUUGUGAAGCUGACGCAGUUGGUGGAGACCUUGGCGGCGCCCAAGAAACGGCAGCCGUCUACUUUAGACGGCCUCUUGGAUGCGGCGGGGCCCGCCGGCUCUGGAUCUCAAGAUGGAGGCCCCAGCUUGAGGAGGAAUGUGGCCGCACGCCGCGCUCUGAGGGCCGCCCUGGUGGAGAACCCUUCUCUGUUGUCGGCGACGGUGGAGGGCUUGAUGCGAGAAGACUUGCGCAGCAUGUCGACCCCGGGCUUCGAGGUGACGCCCAGCGCGAGGGCUUGGCUGGAGCACCGCAGCCGGAUCGGACCGCAUCAGACGCUGGCUCGGUCGGCUUGGGCCGUGGGGGCGUUAGACGCAGCUCGCCGAAAGAACUUCGAAGAGUGCGAGGCCAGGCUCAAUAUCUUGAUGGUGUGCAUGGACCAGGUCGCGACGGACCGCGGGUCGUGGACCUUAGCCUCCGAGCUGACGUUGGAGAGCCCUUGCCCCCUUCACGCCUUCAAAGCUCACGAAAACAGGGAUCGCGACAGCGAACAGGUGUGGUCUCGCAUCCUCGACGGCCGGUGGGCGGAGGUGGCUUUGCAUCACUUGCGCGACCAGUCCGACUUCUUGGAAAAGAGGGCCAAGCUGGGCCGCCGUGCCCAGCAGCAGGUGGAGGAGGAGGACCGCGACGCCGGCCGGGCGGAGGCGAAGGCAAAAGCCAAGGCCGGAAACAAGCGGCGACAGGAGGAGGACAAGUGA